AUGGCAGAUCUGACACCAACACAUAUCAGCUGGCAGCCAUCAGUAAAUGCAAGCACACACCAUACUGACAGAUACUCCAACACUGAGUUGACUGUGAGGCGAGGACAAGCCUUCACUAUUACUCUGUACUUCAACAGACCAAAGCAGAAUGGGGAGAGCCUAGCAUUUGUCACUGAAAUAGGACCAUCCCCCUCAGAAUCUCAUCAUACAAAGGCUGUAUUUAACCUCUCUGAGGUGGGGGCAAGUGGCUGGAGUGCUGUCCAAGGAGCCAGUGAGGCUGGUUAUAUGAACUUUACAAUAUCCAGCCCAGCCAAUGCUGUCAUUGGACGAUACAAUCUCAUCCUCCAGGUAACCUUGGGGAACAAGAUCUUCUCCAGAUUUCUGGGGCAGUUUGUGUUACUCUUCAACCCUUGGUGCCCAGGCGAUGAUGUCUACAUGGAUAACGAAAAUGAGAGACAAGAAUACGUCCUAAAUGAAAAUGGAAUAAUCUUCGUGGGUAAUGCAAAGUACAUUGAAGCAAGAGGAUGGUACUAUGGGCAGUUUCAAGAUCAUCUUCUAAAUAUCUGCCUCACCAUGCUUGAUCUGAGCCUGUACUAUCGUCAGGACCCAGCCAUUGAUGUAUCCCGAAGAGGAGAUCCUAAAUAUGUAGGCCGAGUAAUCAGUUCUAUGAUCAAUGGAAAUGAUAAUGAUAAUGGAGUUCUCCUGGGAAAGUGGCAAGGAAGUUUCCAUUCAGAUGAAAAUCCAUCCAGAUGGGAUGGUAGCGUGGUAAUCCUCCAGAAAUGGCGUCAGGACAACUACAAGCCUGUUCAGUACGGCCAGUGUUGGGUUUUUGCAGGCGUGAUGUGUACAGUUCUAAGGUGCUUGGGGAUUCCUACUCGUUUGGUUUCAAAUUUUAACUCUGCCCAUGAUGUGGAUAGAAACCUGAGUAUUGAUAAGUACUAUGACAGCUCUGGAAAGAGUCUUAAUAUCGGCAAGGAUUCCACAUGGGAUUAUCAUGUCUGGAACGAAAGCUGGUUCAUUCGCCCAGACCUGGGAACAUCAUACAAUGGGUGGCAGGUUUUGGAUGCGACUCCACAAGAACAAAGUAAAGGAUUAUUUCAGUGUGGCCCUGCAUCUGUGAUAGCCAUCAAAGAAGGUGAUGUAGACUUGGAUUAUGACACCUUAUUUGUGUAUACGGAGGUGAAUGCUGAUUGCAACAGAUGGAUUGUAUACAAGGAUGGAACUAAGAAAAGAGUUUAUUGUGAUACCGAAAUAAUUGGCAGGUUUAUCAGCACCAAAGCUGUGGGCAGCAAUUCCCGUGUGGAUGUCACCUAUAGUUACAAAUAUCCAGAAGGUUCUUCUGAGGAAAGACGAGUUUAUAGAAAGGCCUUGGCCAAGGUAUUUGGACCAAACAUCACAGAAGGACACACAGAAUCUCCAGAUGAAAGGCCCUCAGAGAAUAUUAGAAACCCUGGGAUCUCUGGGAAAUUCAAGCUGGCUGAACCUCCAGUAUUUGGCAAAGACAUUACCCUGAUCUUAAUUCUCAGUAACCUAUCUUUUGACCACAAGACCGUGAAGGUGGACAUGAAUGCGUCAGCCAUCCUGUACACAAGAAGAGCAGUGGCAGAGAUCCUGAAGGCAACCACUUCUGUGGAUCUUGGUUCUAAACAAGGGAAACAUAUCCGAUUAAAGAUCCCUUAUUCUUAUUAUGGAAAAUAUCUGACUACCGACAAAAGGAUUCAAGUUACUGCUUUGUGUGAAGUCAUCCACAUGCAUGGGGUAAAGUUGCUGGUGGAGAAGACAAUCAUUUUAGAGGACACAAACAUCAUCAUUAAGAUUCCUCGGCGGGUCGUAGUGAACAAAGCUGUUUCUCUAGAGAUCUCAUAUGCCAAUCCCCUUCCUGAACCUGUGAACCGCUGUGUACUACUAGUGACUUUGAUGAAUCAACAGGUCAAGAUACAUCUGGCACCACUGGCACCAAGAGAGAGAUCAAAAAUUUAUUUUGAGUUCACCCCUCGCAGGACUGGUCCCUUACAGCUGCAAGUAGACUUCUCCUGUGACAAAUUUUCACAUGUCAAGGGAUUUGUAACCAUUGCAGUAGCAUCUGCAUAA